AUGUCCGCAUGUCUUGCUGCAGGAAACACAGUCGUUCUGAAACCGGCUCAGGUUUGUCCACUGACAGCACUCAAAUUUGCCGAGCUAACCGCACGAGCCGGUAUACCAGCAGGAGUGGUGAACAUUGUGACAGGAUCAGGCUCUGAGAUUGGACAGUGUCUUUGUGAUCAUCCAUCAGUCAGAAAAGUUGGCUUCACCGGUUCCACAGAAGUUGGAGCUCAAGUGAUGAGCAGGUAA